GCGCGAGCGCGCGUGCGCGUCGGAACCCGAGGCGCGGGAGGAGGCGGGAGCUCCGGAGGCUGCGGAGGGGGCGGGUCGCGUCAGGCGCCACGUCCGCAGCCAGAGGCCGCCGCCGCCGCCGCCUCGGACCGAGAGCCUUCCGACUCCUGAGCCUCGGGAGAGCAUCUGGGUCGCGGAGCCGCCCCGAGCCGCGUCAGGGCCUCUGCUGCCCCGGCCGCUCCUGCUGUCCUCGCUGCCGCAGCUCCCUCCGCCCGGCCCCGACCCCGCGGUGAUCAUGAAUCAGGCAGAUAAAAAUCAAGAAAUUCCAUCUUACCUUAGUGAUGAACCCCCAGAAGGGUCAAUGAAAGAUCACCCACAGCAGCAGCCAGGCAUGUUGUCUCGUGUGACUGGAGGGAUCUUCAGUGUUACAAAGGGAGCUGUUGGUGCCACCAUUGGUGGUGUGGCUUGGAUUGGUGGAAAGAGUCUGGAAGUGACCAAAACAGCUGUUACAACUGUGCCUUCCAUGGGAAUAGGGCUGGUGAAAGGAGGUGUAUCUGCUGUGGCUGGAGGUGUGACAGCUGUUGGGUCUGCUGUUGUAAACAAAGUGCCCUUAUCAGGAAAGAAGAAAGACAAGUCUGACUAAGAGGGGAGUACACUUGCUCACCACAGCCAAUGGCAUUGAACAGCUCAAUUACAGACUACAACCAAGUCAACCGCUAAACUGCUGGGUUGAAAGUAUUGGUAACUGGCUGCAUCUAAAACAAGAAGAGACCAGUACUACCGCAGUGUCUGAAGGCUUCUCAUCCUUAAGUUCAGCUUUUUAUCUGGUAAAAUGUUACACUUGCUCAGUUGUAACUGAAGAUAUGGGAUGUUUAAAUAUUUGCUCUAAGUCUUUCAGUUUGACUAAAAAAUGUGAAAGUUCAACUUAGUAGACGAUUUUACAGUUCCAUGUGUACAGUGUGCCAGGUAACUCAUAUGACCUUUACAAAGGGACUCGAACUACAUAAACUGUACCUUUGAUGUGCCUAAUAGUUUCAGAUGUCUUAGUUUUUUUUUUAUAACUAUAGUGGUGUAGGCCAAGAGGCAUUCUUAUUUAAGCUGGCAGAAAAGUAGCAGGAAUUCAAAAGUUUAGAAGACAAAUGGUUUUAUGAUACUGUUAAUUGUUUUUUUUUUUUUUGGGUAGAUAAGCAUUCUAUUUGUUUAAUCAUUGAUGCCUUACAAAAGAAAACAUCUUUUCUAAUAAUCUUAAAUAUGUGCAGUUCUUAUAAUUAUCAGUGAAUUCUUUUAAAGGUUGUAAAACUAGUUUCCCUCUUAAAAAUCUCAGGAGUAUUGAAGUAAAGGAGUUUCCUGGUGUCAGUGGGUAAGACUGUGCUUGUUAGCUGUUGUGAGUAGUUAACAUGAAACUUAGGCUUUAGAAGUUGGAUUCGUGGUCCCAUCAUUAGUACACCCCACAGUAUCUAUGGAACCUUUCUUAGCUCUUCAAAAACUGUGUGGAGAGUUUGAUAUUGAGAAGGAAUAAAUAUUAAUUUUUAAGUUUUUAUAAUUAUUUGAGGAAUCUAAGAUAAUCCUUCAUGCUUAUUUCCUUAGGAUGUCUUAAAUUAUUAGUAGUAAUUCCUUUAAAAUACAAUAAAAUCAACCAUUAAUAUAUGAGGAUUGGCUCUUCAAAUGAAUGAGAUGGGCUCUAUACAUUGGCUUUGAAUAAAAAAAAAAAUCCAUAAGUGCUUUCAAUGAUGUAUUUAGGUUUUUUUUCUUUUUUCUAUUGAGAUGGGGCCUUCUAAAGCCCAGGCUGGUCUUGAACUGGAUAUGUGGCUGAGGAUAUCCUUGAGCUCCCAAUUCUGCUUCACCUCCAAAGCGCUGGGAUUACGGCAUGAGAUACUGUGCUUGCUUUAUGUGAUGUUGGGGAAGGAACCCAGGUUGCAUGCACAGUGGCCAAGUACUGUACCGCCUGAGCUGUGUCCUCAGUGGAAUGCAUUCAUGGCUUUAAACAUGUUCUCUUAUAUAACCCUUAAAGUAGCUGUAGACAGACCUUUCUCAAGCCAGUUUCAGGUAGGAGUGGAAGGUCUUUCAUAUGGAUGGUAAGUGUGUUGUGUCUUAAUGUGUUAUAGCACAUUCAUUCUCACAAAAUAUAACUCAAAAGUUCAUUUCUUUUUGUCUUAAUGCUUAGUUUCACAGAAAUUUAUUAGUGACAUAUGUUUGGCAUUUAUCUUAUAAUCUAAGCCUGGGAAAAAAACCCUUAAUUUUCUUUAUACCUAAAACUAGAAGUCUGUCUCCAUCUGCCCCUUCUAACUCCCUGGAGGGAGGGAGGGAAUGGUUGGUGCCUCGUCGUAAGUCAGAAUGUAGUGUUCCUGAGAACAGGAGGGUCACCUGAAUAUGGAGUUUCAAAUGCUUGGAACUCUUAAGAGGAUUCGAUUAGUAAUGUGGACCAACAGUUGGAUAAAAGUAUAAAUUUAAAAAGCAUUCAUAAACAACAGCAGGACUGUCAAGCAAAUCUACAAGUGUUUUUGGAACUUUGUUUAUAUAAAACUUAAAAUUGUUGAAUUAAAUUUAGAAGGAAUUAAAUGGUCAUUUAUUUCAUGCAAUAUCAUUUAAAAGACAUUUGUUGGUACAUCUGGUGAAAUGUCUGAACAAAUGGUAUUUUUUAUAUUCCAAAAUGAAUAGACCCAUUCUCAGUGAUCUAAAUAAUGGUAUUGGAGAACUUGAUUCCUGCUAUUUAGAAGACUUUAUCGAUUCAUUGCUGGUUUGUAUUUCUAACUUAGAGGCUCUGCUAUGCUUUGUACUCGAAUCAGUCUAAAUGUAGGCUUAGUAUACUGUAUGCUUGCAUAUUUAUUUUCAACUUUGCUUGUCUUUAAAAUCACUUGAGGAAAAAUGGCUAUAAUUAAUUUCUGCUAUAGAAAAGCCAACUGGUAAAUUUUGUCAAUUGUCUUAAAUGUGGUUCAGAGGGGCUUUUACAGCAAUAGCAGAGAACUGUACAAAUGUACAGGUAGCUGUAGUUCUACCAUUUGAUGUGUACAGCUAUAUCCCUGAGUCUCUUCUAGCUUAUGUAGACUAGCAAUUUGACCUGUUAAACAGGACUAGUUCACUUUGUUGUAUACACUUGGAGGUAUCUGUUAUUUGGCUCCUUUUUUAAGUGGGUUUUGGCAUAGUGAAGAUACAUUUGUGUGACCCACUUGAAUGACUGAUCUAAUAAUGUUGACAUGAGUACUGUAUUUAGUAAAAUGUCAGAUGAAAAUACCUGAUUGAAUAAUGCGGGGAUUUUUGUAUUAAAGGGAUGGGAAAGAACACCUGAAUCUGAUAAUAAAGGAUUAUGAUCUGCAAAGA